AUUUGAUACUUUGCGUGAGUGCACGCCGGCGCCGCUCGCUCGCACAACCAAUACUAUAGAUCCGAAUCGAUUACGCUUCGAUUUUUAAACUAUAAGGUUCGAAUUAUAAAUUAUUUCAUUGACUUUAUUUCCAAAUAUUAACCCGGUGGACUUUACAAAACGGACCCCUACGUUUCUAGGGUUAAAUCGUGAAUCUCCGAGUAACCGACUGAUUGAAACAGAUAAUUGUGAAUUUUCAUGUGUGUUUGUUAGAAUGUGAUAAGAAUCCAUUGAGUGUGAACAUUGAGAAUAAUAUUCAGCUUAAAUUUAUUUGCACCAUCAAAGAUGGCGUUAGGAGUAUCAUUUGCCAACUCGACUGCAGGAAAUGGCUACUCAGAGGUGGUCAGCGAACAUUUAAAGGGCAUAGGCAGACUUUUCUACAUACACUACCCUCAGGAAACCUUGUACGAGAAGAAGGAGGACGUACCGAACUUUUUUAAGCAGUCAUGGCCGUACUUUUUCAUAUUUAUGAUCCUGGAGCACAUCGUAUUACGACUGAAAGGCAGGAAGGGAAUAAGAUUGAAUGAUGGGAUCACGAGCAUAUCCCACGGGCUACUGCAGGAAUGUGGAAGGCUCAUAUGGCGAGGGGCAGAAUCGUAUCUCUACACAUGGAUAUACGCGAACUACAGAUUAGUGGAGCUGCCGUGGGACAACUCUUUCACGUGGUACGCAGCCGCUAUAGGAGUAGAUUUCUGCUACUAUUGGAUGCACAGAGCUUGUCACGAGGUCCACAUACUAUGGGCACAGCAUCAAGUGCACCACACAUCUGAAGACUUCAACAUGGGAGUUGGUAUCAGGCAAUCAGUACUGCAGGGCUGGUGUGGAUUUAUAUUCUACCUGCCGCUGGCCAUAGCGAUUCCACCGGCUCAAUUCGUGAUGCAUCACCAGUUCAGCUACAUUUAUAUGUUCUGGAUCCACACGGAGGCCAUCAAAAGCCUGGGCCCCCUGGAGUAUAUCCUCAACACUCCCAGCCAUCAUAGAGUUCAUCAUGGCAGCAACAAAUAUUGCCUGGAUGUGAACUAUGGCGGUGUGCUGAUCAUCUGGGACCGUCUGUUUGGUACUUUCAGACCCGAGUCGGACAAAGUGGAGAUUGUGUAUGGACUCAUUUACAACCAGCCGUCGUUCAACCCCUUAUACUUGCAAGGUUUCUACACGGGCUACGUGGUUGAUAAGUUCAGGAGGUUCGACAAAUUUGGAGACAAGUUGAGAUCGGUGUUCUUCGGACCCAGCUGGGAGCCCGGCACUCCGAGACUGGGAGACGAGGCGAUGAAAAUUGAUAUCCUCCCUCGAGAGAAAUAUGAUGUCCAUUUACCGACCUGGUGCAAUUUGUACCUGGUGGUGCAUUAUACUGUCGUUUUGUACGGCUUCUUCGAGCUCUCAGCAAGAUAUAUGGGCAUGACUCCGAUAUCUGUGUUGAUCUUCGCCUUCUACAUCAUCGCUUGUCUCACCAUCAUAGGGAUGUUGUUCGACAACUCCAAAUACGCACCCGUCCUCGAAGUCAUCAGAUGUUCUGUCCUAGCUUUCCUCACGAGAAGCCUUUUGGGCACCAGCCCCUCGGGGACCUCCCUGCAGAUCUUCUACGUAGUAUCUGCCAUGUUCUGGUGUCUGAACAUCUUGAAACUGUUGGAGAUUAAGAAAACUCAGAAAGUAGACUAGAUAUACCUAAGAAAGUUUGCCUCAUCAGCGGUCGAAUACUUAAAUUUAUAUGUCAGUUGAG